AUAUCGGUGAAAAAAACCGUAGUUUUUAGCGAUAAUUUACCGGUAAAUUAGGUGAAUUGCUUAAAAAAUUAAGUUUAUUUAAAUGAAAAGUUUUUUUCAUGUUAUAGUGAAUUUUGUUAUUAAGAACAAAAUGAAGGCUGUAGCGUUGUUGUGCCUGCUCGCGCUGUUCUGCGGCGCCCUCGCCAAGGGGAAGAAGGAUGACCAUAAGGUGAAGAUAGCAGUGUACUACGAGUCCCUAUGCCCCGACAGCAAGCGCUUCAUCACGUCGCAGCUGGCGCCCGUGUGGAGGGACUUCCGAGGAGUUGUGAAGGUCAAGAUGGUGCCUUAUGGCAAGAGCACGCAUGACAAAGUGAACGGCAAGUGGCAGUUCACAUGCCACCAUGGGCCUGAUGAGUGCUACGGUAACAAGAUCCAGGCGUGUAUCCUGAAGGACAGGAACCUGCAGGACACAGAGAAGAUGGAGCUGGUCAUCUGCCUCAUGAACCAGCCCAACCCUGACAAGUCGCUCGACACGUGCCUGGCCCAAAUCAGCAAGGACUCAGAAUCGACCAAGCUCAAACGCUGUGCUUCAUCAGACCAGGGCGACAACCUGCUCGCCACUUACGGAGACAAGAGUGACACCGUGCAGCGACCUCUCGCGUUCGUGCCUACUAUUAUUGUUAAUGAGAAAUUCGAUCAAGCAAUCCAGGACGAGGCGUUCACGGAUCUAAAGGCGGUCGUGUGCCGCGUCGCAGUUAAUAAGCCAUCUAUUUGCUAGAGUUACAUCAUUAAUAGACUAGCUUUCUUUAAGUUUAGUGUAAUACGUACAAUUUACCCAGGUGAUGAUAAUAUUGUAUACUAAUUCCCACAGUUUUUGUAAUCUAGUAUAGUAAGAACCAAAGUUUUUGGCGGCUAGGAACAUUAUAGGUAUAAUCGGUUGAAGGAGGUAAGCGAGGAGUAUAACCAAUUGAGCGGUCUGCGCUCUGAAGUUAACAGCGAGCCGCCAUUAAGUUUGGUUCGUGCUAUUCAAAAGCUCAUUUUGAAAAUGUUAACAAUAAUUUUGUAAUUCAAUGUGAAUAACAUAAAUUAUAUAAAAUUGAAAAUGUAAUUUACUGUUAUGAAAGUAUAUCUCUUUUGAAAGAAGCUAAUUUCCAUGUAAAUAGGGAUCAAAAAUUGAUUUAACUAAUUCACAUCAUUUCACAGUCUCAACUUUAUACGUAAAUGUCUCAUCAAAAUCGGUCCAGCAGUUUGUAAGUAACUUGGACAAAGUAUCUAAUAGUUGUUAUAAGUACAAGCGCACACGACACGAAUUUAUCAGUUCAGACGCGAGUGUGAACUGAACUUUAGAGAUUAUUAAGUUUAGAAUAUAGGAGAAACUUUCGUAUUGUAAUUUUUUGUAAUAAAUUAAGUACUUAUUUGUAAA